GGUCUUUGCAAUUACGCUGUCAUUUAUAAACAGGGGAUAAACGUGUCUAAAGAAACCUGCUCUAAGAAAAAAAGAAAGAAAGAAAGAAAGAAAGAAAGAAAGAAAGAAAGAAAGAAAGAAAGAAAGAAACCUGCCCUUUCUUCAUAAGUCAGGAAGAAGAGCUGUGUCAGCAAGAGCCUUCAGCGAGCCGCCGCAUUGAUUUUGUCUCACAAUGGAAUUUCAGAAGUCACCUGAUGGCGGGUGGGGCUGGGUGAUCGUGGGAGUCUCCUUCUUCACCCAGUUCCUCUCUUACGGAUCCCCGUUAGCUGUUGGGGUCUUGUACGUAGAAUGGCUGGAUGCCUUCGGUGAAGGAAAAGGAAAAACAGCCUGGGUGGGAUCGCUGGCGAGCGGAGUCGGCUUGCUUGCAAGUCCUGUGUGCAGCCUCUUCGUCUCAUCUUUUGGAGCAAGACCCGUCACAAUCUUCAGUGGCUUCCUGGUGGCUGGUGGCCUGAUGCUGAGCAGUCUUGCCCCCAAUAUCUACUUUCUGUUUUUCUCCUAUGGCAUCGUUGUAGGUUCGAGUGUGGGUCUAUUCAUCUACGCGGCUCUGCAGAGGAUGCUGAUUGAGGUCUAUGGGCUAGAUGGGUGCCUGCUCAUCGUGGGCGCUUUAGCUUUAAACAUCCUAGCCUGUGGCAGCCUGAUGAGGCCCUUGCAAACCUCCGACUGUCCUUUUCCUGAAAAGACAGCUCCGGAGAAUGUUCCAGACAGAUACUCUACGUAUAACGAGAAAGAGAAGAACCAGGAAGAGACUAUGAACUUCCCAGACAAGGGCUACAGUAGCGAAGAUAAAUGCUUGCCCAAUGGAGACUGGGGACGGGAGACUUUCCUUCCUAAAAGCCCCACCAGCGCUGCACACACUAAGGAGCCCGAGACGUACAAAAAGAAGGUCGUGGAACAGACUACUUUUUGCAAGCAGCUUGCCAAGAGGAAAUGGCAGCUAUAUAGGAACUACUGCGGAGAGACCGCGUCUCUUUUUAAAAACAAAGUCUUCUCCGCGCUUUUCAUCGCCAUCUUGCUUUUUGACAUCGGAGGAUUUCCACCGUCGCUGCUCAUGGAGGAUGUCGCGAGAAGUUACCACGUGAGGGAAGAGGAUCUUACCAUGCCUCUCAUCUCCAUUUUCGGCAUCAUGACAGCCGUGGGCAAGCUUCUUUUGGGCAUCCUGGCUGACUUCAAGUGGAUCAACACCCUGUAUCUCUACGUAGCUACCCUGAUCAUCACUGGCCUGGCCUUGUGCGCAAUCCCCCUUGCCAAGAGUUACGUCACGCUGGCGAUCCUUUCUGGCAUCUUGGGUUUUCUUACUGGUAACUGGUCCAUCUUCCCGUAUGUGACCACGAAGACUGUGGGGAUUGACAAAUUAGCCCACGCCUAUGGAAUACUCAUGUUCUUUGCUGGACUUGGGAACAGCCUCGGGCCACCCAUAGUUGGUUGGUUCUAUGACUGGACCCAGACCUAUGACAUCGCCUUUUAUUUCAGUGGCUUCUGCGUCUUGCUGGGGGGCUUCAUCCUGCUGCUCGCGGUCUUGCCCUGUUGGGAUAUGUGCAACAAAAGACUCCCUAAGCCAGCAGCGCCAACCACCUUUUUCUACAAAGUUGCCUCUAAUGUUUAGAGGGAUAUUAAAAGGCCUUAUUUCCUCUAUUUUUCUACUUUAUACCAUACAGCAAUAUGUGUAUUAUGUAUGUAUGAAUGAAUGAAUAUACGUAUGUAACAAAUUGUUAGGCAGGUUCCUUAGAGUCACGAUCUUAUAGCAAAACUUCUCUGGCUGACUCUGAAGGACAACACACACUCUGUUUUUGUGUGCCUUGUAUAACCUUGAUCCCUCGUCUUCCCCUCCCCCACCCCUCGAGAAAUUGGACUGUUCUGUUUCAUGGUUGUUCAUUGUUCGUGAAUUCAGGAUGUAAAACCAUUGAUUAGCCUCACACAGUUUUCUCUGGGUGAAAUUUAAAGUCUCUGCUUUCCCCGUGAGUUCUCCAAGGUGCUCAGCGGGUCCCGUCUUAAACCGUGUGCUCCUCACGAUUAGAUUUGCGUGAAGGAGCCAUGGCUGUCUCCUCGAUGUCAGACCUGCAAGUCCAGAGAAAACACUGAGCCGUUUCAUUUCCAGAAACGAAAGCGGUUGCAACAUUGCUGAGCUGUCGAAGACCUUAGACAAGAUAGUUUAAAUCACAUCCGUCUGACGUCUGUUUUCUGUUUUCCUGUGCUCGCUCGAUGAAGUACUGUGGGGCAGUUUGGUGUCCACUGCCUACGAACUCGCUCGAUUCCUCCAGCAGUCCGCCUGCAUGGCCGGCUCCUAGGACCUCACUCGCUGGUGUUGAUCGGCAUCCACUCUGCUGAUGUAUCCUAAGAGCUGCUGGUUUGCUGGUUUUCGCCUUGGAAAUAGACCUUUGAACCAUUCCGAAAUCUGGCCAAUGGGAAGCGCCCAUUUGCUUUGAGAAUCCGAGAACGGGGUUGCAAGGCCUUGCGUGUCUUCUAAAUGAAGCCCGUGGUGGUUUCUCUUGGACUUUUCCACAACAGCGUUUCGAUUUGUGGACAGUGCUAAAAAGAUGAUGUUCUUAGUCCAUAAGAUGUGGGAAAGGACAAGGUAAAGAGAACUCGCUACUCUCACCGAACCGUAUUUAAUCCCAAGAACAGUGUUUGAGGGUGAAAAUGAUGUUUAAUCAAUGGGCUUUUUUUUCCUCUAUAGAAAUGGGGUUCACCUUUGGUACGCCUGACAAUCCUGUAGAAACUUAAGUGCCGGCUACUAUACUGCUUAGUUUUGCUUUAUUUCUUGAGACAGGGUUUCUUCUGCAUAGCCUUAGCUGUCCUGAACUUGCUUUAUAGACCAGUCUGGUCUUGAACUCUGCUCCACCUGCGACUGCCUCCCAAGUACCUGGGAUUAACGGUAGGCACCUUUCCUGGCUAGUACUACGUUUUUCUUGAAUGAAAGGAAAAAAGAAAAAGAAAAGAAAAGAAAAGAUAAACCAUGAAGUCAGGUAUUAUAAAACAAACAGCCAAGGGUUCCCUUUCUGUUGUGCCAAAAUUGUCUUUUUUUUUUUUAUUUUUUUUUAAUAUGUGAAAUGAUUUUGCAGGACUACAUUGCCUUCCUUUGAGGACACAUUUUUGUUUUUUGGGGUUUUGUUUUGUUUUGUUUUGUUUGAUUUUUGAGACAGGGUUUCUC